UUCUGUCGUCUAGAUAAAACUAGUCACUGCAGCUCGCUGCAGCCUGCUACUGACUGCAUCUUCAGUGCAUAUUUCUUUCUGUAGUAAAUUUCUGCCUGUGAAUUUCUGCCUGUGACGAUAUAGUGGAGUGUCCACCGUCUUUGCACAAACCCAUCCGCGGGGAGAAGCUCUUUGGGAAAGCAAAUCUGAAGCCAUUGGAGUAGGAACUUCGCCCGCCAUGGCUGCUUCUUCUUCUUCCUCCUCCUCGUCCUCUCCGUCCUCCCCCUCCGACCCGGACUACAAGGUCACCACCUCUGACAUCGAGGACGACGCCGCCGGGGUCGAGCCCCCAUCGUCGGACGAGGAAUUCCCCUCCGUCUUCCGCACGCAGGGCCACGUGGACGCGGUGUGCAUGAAGUACGGCAUCCCCAAGGACCAGUACACCGCCCUCCCCGCCGGCGACCUGCGCGCGAGCUCGUCCCCACCGCACGGCGCCGUCUGCGUGUACGCGCACGCGCUGGAGGCCGGGAUGCGCGUCCCUCUUCACCCCUUCUUCGUCGACGCGCUCAACCACUUCGGCCUCGCGCCGACGCAGCUCGCGCCCAACGGGUGGCGCAUCAUGGCGGGAUUCAUUGUGCUCUGCCGCUCCGCUGGCGUGCCGCCGUCCCUCGCGGUGUUCCGGCGCUUCUUCCUGCUGUCCGCCCUCCCCCACAAGCACAAAAGAGGCUCGUACUACUUCCAACCCAGGUCGAAGGGCGGAUCCGGCUUGCGCUUCACGGGGUUGCCGGAGUCCAUCAAGGGUUGGAAGCGCGGGUUCUUCUUCCUCUCUUCGCCGACCGCGUGGCCUUGUCCUGUGGAAUGGGGCAAGCCGUCCAAGAGCUCCCUCGUGGACCCUGUGCUCUCCGCCGAAGAUGAGGCAUCGGCGGCCAAGUUGCUAUCUGCUCAGGGAGCCUCCUCCAUUGAUCUCAGGAAGUAUCUUUGCAUCAGAAAUCUUGCCGAGGCCGGGAUAUCUCCCUUGCCGGCACCGGUACGGGCGCCGCCAUCACCGCAGCUCCCGGCACCGGAGCCGUCGUCACCGCAGUCGCCGCCUUCUUGUACUUGUACUGCUACCGAGUCCAAAGGGAUGGAUCCGGCAGUGUACGGCAUGAUGAAAUCCAUGCUGGCAGUGAAGGCGGCGGUGGCAAGAACAUUGGCAUCGACGAACAAGGUGGAAAUUGAGCCGGGCAGCGACGUGACGAGAUCGCCGCCGUUGCGUGGGAAGAAGAGGAAUCUGGGAGAAGCAGACGGCAGCGACGGCCCACCAUCUGUGCUGCCAGACACUCCGUCUACCGCCGGUGACAGCUCGGCGCCGACCGGAAUUUGUUCCCCGCCCGAGGCCUUCUCCCGGAGCAGCCGGAAGAUUCAGCAUAUUCCCAGCGGACACGACGGCGACAGCACCGACUGGGUGGCCGCGCGGGAGAGGCUGCGGGGCGCCGUCCCGCCGCAGCAGGACCGCGUGUUUGCGGCGACGGAGCCCUCCGACAUCGUCGCGUCCACCUACGUCGCCGUUCUUCAGGUAUGCUAGUACAUUGCUUGUCCGCGGUCGGAUCGAUUUCACUGGUUGUAGUAUUUGUGCGUGGACGGCAACGACGCAUGCGUGCAGGCUGCAAACUACGCGUCCUUCUCCUUGGCCUACGCGCUGGAGCUGGAGCAGCGGCUGGACGCGCGGGACGCGGCUGGAGAGGUCGGAGGCCAAGCUCGCCGCGGCGGAGGCGGAGGUGGAGACGGUGAAGGCCGAGCGCGCCGUGCGGCGACGCGCGCAGGACGCGCUGGAUGGUUACGAGCGCUGGCGGGGCGCGAACGCGGGGCAGAGGACGUGAAGCGCGCUGUGCGCUCUAGCUGUCCUCUCUACGCCGUUCGGCAGGUCAGGCGGACGCUUAAUUACCUUGUAGAUUAAUCUUUUGGAAUACUACUCCUGAAGCCUCGUUGAUGAUCUUUUGCACACGACUGUUCUGUGUUCCAGAUCGACCAACAUUUUGGGGUCAAAUUCACUGUUUUGAACCUUAUGCAAAAGUUUAGCACGAUUUGACCCUGUUUGUAAAAAAACAUCAGAUUUGACCAUUUUUCCUACCGAGGUUGACAUUGGCGGUAGA